AUGGGUGGCCUCUGGUCUGCACUGCGUGAGCCUCCAACUACCCAAAAGUUGGACAGCCUAGGACUAGGUCCAAGAUGGGCUUCUUGGAACACUGGUGUUUUUAUUUGCAUCAGAUGUGCUGGGAUACAUCGAAACCUUGGGGUUCAUAUAUCAAGGGUCAAAUCCGUCAACCUGGACCAAUGGACCCCAGAACAAAUACAGUGUAUGCAGGAAAUGGGGAAUACCAAGGCAAGAAUACUCUAUGAAGCUAAUCUACCAGAAAACUUUCGAAGACCUCAGACGGAUCAAGCUGUAGAAUUUUUCAUCAGGGAUAAAUAUGAAAAGAAGAAAUACUAUGACAAAAAUGCAAUCAAUACCUUCAAUAUGUCCUCCUCUGAUGCUGCUCAGCCUUUGGCAUCCUCUCCUUCUCUGCAAGCUGCUGCUGAGAAGAGCAAAUUGGAGAAAGAAAAGGAAAAAAAGAAAGAAGAGAAAAAAAGGGAGAGAGAACCAGAAAAACCUCCAAAACCCCUAGCUACUGAAAAGCCUCAGAAGGAGGAACAGCCAUUAGAGCCUAAAGCAAGUCCGAAAAAAACACCAGAGCCCACUAUUGAUCUUUUAGGACUUGAUGGUCCACCUGAAGCACUUAUUGCAAAUGGAAGUGCCACUGCUAUGACAACACUGAAUGAUGACUUGGAUAUCUUUGGUCCAAUGAUCUCCAAUCCUCUGCCAGCAGCUGCUGGCAUUUCUGCUCAGACUGCUUCCACUAAACCAGCAGCUGCUACUUUAUCUUCAGCGUCUGCGGAUCUUGAUCUAUUCACUGAGCAAACAACAAAAUCAGAAGAGUCAGCAAAGAAACAACUCUCUAAAGACUCAAUUUUAUCACUGUAUGGCACAGGGACCAUGCAACAACAAAAUGCUCCAGGUAUGUUCAUAGGAUCAUCGUCUAUGCCAUUUACCACACAACCAUCAUCUCAUUUUCAAGGUUUUUCAGCCAUGGGUGUACCUGUGCCUGCAGCUUCUGGAAUGAUGGGAAAUAUGAUGGGACAACCGGUGCCUGUCAUUGGACAGAACACAAGCAUGAUGGUGGGAAUGGGAGUUCCAAAUGGUUUCACUGGCACUGCACAAACUGGGGUGAUGGGACUUCCUCAGAACGUUGCUGCACCCCCAGGUGGAAUGGUGGGGCAAAUGGUUACUCAACAAAAUAAAUAUGGCAUGCCACAAACUCAGCAAGCUCAAUGGAAUCUCUCUCAGAUGAAUCAACAAAUGGCUGGCAUGAAUCUCAGUAGCUCCAGCACUAUGAUGGGCUUUGGUCAGCCCCCAAAUACAGUGGCAGGAUGGAAUGGAAGCUCCUCGGGUCAGACACUCAGCACACAACUGUGGAAAUGAAAGUUGCAAUAGAAGGUUCAUCUAGAAGAGCCACCUGACAUUCCUUGCUUAAAUGCAUUUGGUUUCCCUGUUCUCUCCAUGUACAUAUUCUUUUUCUUUUCCCCCCAGUUGUUCAGAUUAAGAAGUUACCUAACUGACCGUGUUGUGGUCUCUAUUGAUUUAAAUUUGAUGUAGUGAAAAGCAGAUUGAGAAUACAUUUAUAUAUCAUUGGCAGCUUUUUCAUGUUACAGUACAUAUGAUUUCAUAAACCAUAUCUCUAAGAAGCUGCUUAGCCAAUUGCAUAUUCAAUUUUUUUCUCAAAAUCCUAGGUCAGAUGUUUCAUAUAAGGGACGUAGCUAUCAUGUUAGUAAUAUCUUUACAAAUAUAAACCCUGCCCCUCCAAAAUUACCCAGUAAUCCUGUAGAAGGUACUGUAUGAACAAAUGUUUAAUCAUAUAAAUAGAAUGUAAAUGUAUCACUGAACAAUGUUUUCUAGUGUACCAAACAAAUUUUGUUUCAUAAUUCAUUUCACUGUGAUGUUAUUAUGGCGUGCUUAACAGGGAACAUGGUUAGUGAAGAAAGAUAAACCUGGAUGUUGCUGUAGUUCUACAAAUUUUUAGUUUAUUAUUUUUUAAAAAUGAGUAUUUGAUCCAUUUGAGUUUCCUGUGACAAAAUAUGCAAUUUGGCUCCUUACGUGUAUACACAGUGCUAAUAUAUAAAGAAUUUAUUGCACAGUAUGCAUACAGGGUAACUUAACACGUAUGGAAACAUUUGUCCUUGCAGAUAUAUCCAGGUUUAUGGCAGUAAUUGUGUUUACAUUUUAUGGUGCCUCGUAUUGAUAAAAUGUUAUUUCCCUAUAUUAAAAAGAUAAAUCCACA